CUGCCCUCCAAUCUGGGCUGGGGAAUCUGUGGAGCCAGACAGGUUUUGUGGAAUGGUUAACCUGGAGCAAUUCCAUCCUGAGCCAAUCACCUGAGCCCAGCAGCAGCCGCACUCGGGCACCUGUUGCAAAGCUCCCAGGGCGAAGAAGAUACCUUUGGCAGCAGCCGAGCCCUCCUGCCCAGCCAUGAGCCUCACCCUUGGGACCCUGAUGCUCCUCUGCCUCCUGGGGGCUGCCGCAUCAGAAACCCCCCAGGAACCAGUGAUGCAGGAACUCUGGACUCUCCUGUCUGGCAGCCGGGAAGGAGUUCUGCCCCGUCGCUCGGUGGAUGCCCUGUUAAAUAUUGCAAGGUCCCGGGUGCAAUGCUUGGCCGUGCCGUGUGAAAAGUGCCUCUCGUCCGCAAACAUCUUUGAACUAGUAGGGAAGACCACGUCUGGAGAGGUCAACCUCACGUCUGCGGAGCUGCUGACCUUCUCGGCAGGGCUGGUCUUCUACUUCUCUGACCCCGUGGACGCCUGCGAGGCCAUGACCAAGAAACACUGGGUGCCCGAGGUCCACGAUUUCCAAACCAAAUUCUUCAAUUGGAGCUCAGCGACUGGACCCAACCUGGAGAAAAUUUCCCGGCAGAUGGUUCUCAUCCAGAAGAAUACCAAGUCCGUCAAAAAAGAGGAGCCCUGUGCAGAAAUCGACCAGGUCCUUAAGAGCAGCACAUCCGUUACCCACCACGUGGCAUUGAACCCAGCCUGGAAGGUUUUGGCCUUCCUCUCCUACCACAUCUUACGUGGGGGCUGCUUCCAUGCGCUGCCCCACGAACACUACUUUUUGGACUACAUUUUCCAACACUACAGCAAUGGGACUCAGAACCUCACUCUGGCAGGGUUGACCAAAUUAAUGGUAAAGUUGGAGGUCGGUCCUGGGAGAAAAGAUGGCCAUGACCAUGGCCAUGACCAUGAUGGCCAUGACCACGGCGACCACGUACACGAUGGAGACACACAUGAUGGCCAUGACCACGGCGACCACGUACACGAUGGAGACACACAUGAUGGCCAUGACCACGGCAACCACGUACACGAUGGACACACACAUGAUGGCCAUGACCAUGGUGACCAUGUACAUGAUGGACACACGCAUGAUGGCCAUGACCACAGUGACCACGUACAUGACGGACACACGCAUGAUGACCAUGAUCAUGAAAAUGCCACACACGGUGGCCAUGAUCAUGAAGAUCACAAAGAUCACUCAGACCAUCACCAUGGCAACGAAACAGGCCAUCACCAUGGCAACGGAACAGGCCAUCACCAUGGCAACGGAACAGGCCAUCACCACAUGGAGCCCCAUGGAAACAGAAGUGAAAGUUCUCCGGUCCGCUCAAAACGAAGUCUUGCAGACUUGGAAGAACGAGACGUCCACCAGAACAUCUGGGACACGGUCUGUCUCAGCCCCACUGAUAUCUUCAAGAUUUAUGAGAUCGAUGAUGCCAUCGGAAUCAGCCGCCCAGAUUUCACCCGCCUCAGCCCAGCUCUGGUGCAGCAGCAGCUCAGCAAGGCCUGCACGGCCCCGCGGAAGGUUCCAGAAGAAGGGCGCCUCACCACGGCUGAGAAGUACAUCUAUGGCUCCCUGGCCACGUUGCUGGUCUGCGUCUGCGCCCUUUUCGGCAUCGUGGUUCUGCUCUGCACCGCUUGCAUCAGUGCCUACCAGUACGUCAUCCAAACUUUUGUCAGCCUGGCCGUCGGAUCGCUCACCGGCGACGCCCUGCUGCACCUCAUCCCGAAGUUCUUGGGCCUCCAUUCUCACUCCCACAGUGAGGGCGAUGCGCACCUCCACCAUGGGCCCGAGGCCAAUGACAAACUCUGGAAGCUGCUGGCUGUCCUUGGGGGUCUCUACCUCUUUUUCCUCCUGGAGAAAUUCUUCACCCUCCUGGGACAUUCGCACGAGGAGGAGCCCUCUGAAUCCAGCCAGGGCCACCAGUGUGACCACGGACUGUCCCUGCAGCUGUACCAGGAUGAGAUGAAGAGGAGAAAACAAGAGAAAGGAGCUUCAAAUGCUGACCUGGUGUCGGUGGAAGAAACGGAUUUUGGCCGGAAGGUGCCGAAGACGGAACUCAGUCGGGAACUCCGCAUGCUGCCCUACAUGAUCACCAUUGGGGACGCCAUCCACAACUUCGCUGACGGCCUGGCCAUGGGAGCGGCCUUCUCCUCCUCCUGGAAGACCGGGCUGGCCACUUCCCUGGCGGUCCUCUGCCACGAACUGCCCCACGAGCUAGGAGACUUCGCGGCUCUGCUCCACGCCGGCCUCAGCGUCAAGCGGGCUCUGCUGCUCAACUUCGUGAGCGCCCUCACAGCCUUCGUCGGCCUCUACAUCGCCCUGUCGGUCAGCACCGGGGAGGAGUUCGAGGCGUGGAUCUUCACGGUGGCCACGGGCCUCUUCCUCUACGUGGCCUUGUGCGAUAUGCUUCCAGCCCUGAUGAACGCGAAGGACAAACGCCCCUGGCUACUUUUCGCCUUGCAAAACCUGGGUCUCCUGGCUGGCUGGGCCAUCCUUCUGCUGCUCUCCCUCUUCGAGGACAAUAUCGCCAUUUAACUGCAACGAUCCUGCGGAGCAGCACCAGGCACCCCUCGCCUCCCCCUCCCGCCACCCCACCUCCCCGGCAGGCACGGCCAAAUCAGGGACACGAAAGGGGGUGCGGCGUUUGGGGGGCAAACCCAGACCCAGGGCCAAGAUGUCAGGGGAAGCAUCCAGGGACGCCUGCCGGGCUUCACCUGAGGCUCCGCUGUCCAUCUCACCUUUUCUACACAUUGCCAAAAUUUCCUCAGUUGGCUCUCAGGGUUCACCUGGCAGAGUCCUACUGUCCGAAAAGAAGGAAGCCACGGCCACCUGAAGACCCGUCCACUACAGCAGACAAAAAUGAAAGCUCAGCCCAGGGUUCAAAUUUUCUCCAUCUGGCUGCCUGAAUCAGUGGGCAUUGGGUCAUUUCCUCCUAGCCAGUUUCAAUUUUUGCACCAGCAACCCUUAGAAGGCUGUUUAUCCUGCCUUCACCUUCUAUUUAUUGUAUUUAUUAAAUCCUUAUUCUUAUUCAUACAUACACUUAUCCUCCUCCUCCUCCUCCUCCUCCUCUCUGCAAACCCCAAUCCCUUCUGGCACGGAUGAUGUUCUCUAGCUGGGUCAUGAAAUGUCUGCAAGAAAACUACCAAGCUCAGAGUGGAGCAAGGACCCCCCCAGUCCUCCUUCUCCCCCCACCAUUUUUCUGAAGGUGCAGAGUCCGUUUUUUUACAGAUUUACACACAUAAACACCCCUUCCGUGAUACUUAAAAGACACCGGAAUUUGGGCCAAACUGCACUCCUUCAAAUUCUGCUUUUCCUUCAGAACCCCCCAUUCCGGUGCAGCUUUUCGCCAAAUGUCGGUGGAGAACUGAAAACGAGCCCUUUCUUUUCAAUUCAUCCAGAGGCAUAAAAUGUGGAAGAAACAUCAGCCAGAUAAUUUGAAUGCAUCGUAUUUGCAAUGGAAUGUUUUGGUAUUGCAAAGAGAAUUAUACAAGGAAAGUGAAUAACUUUCCUAUAAAUAAAAACCUGCUUAUACGUACUGGGUAUAAUAUAAUAUACCCAGAGAAAUAAGUAUGUUUAAACUAAAUAAAGAGAUGGACUAGGGGUGACACGAUAGCAGUGUCCCAAUAUGUGGAAAGGGUCAACCUAUUCUCCGAAACAUCAGCAGCAACAGAUGGAAACUAACCAAGGAGAAAUUAUUAGAAUUAGAAUUAAGGAGAAACUUCCUAUUAGUGAGAACAAUCAGUGGAACAGAAGUUGCCUUCAGAAGUUGUGGCUGCUCCAACGCUGGAGAUUUUUAAGAAGAGACUGGACAGCCACCUGUCUCAAAUGAUCUAAGAACUCCUGCCUUGGGCAAGGGGUUGGACUGGAAGAUCUCCUUCCAACCCUACGAUUCUAUGUUCUGCGUAGAUUUGCUCAUCCUUUGCACAACUGAAGAAGUUUAUUAAAAAAAAAAAAUCCCUCUGGAGAUUUAGCUGGUGAAGACCAAUAUAUGACUCUUUUGUGCAGUAGUGCCAGCGGUGUAAAUUAUACACCACACACACGCACACAGCUGAGAGGUAGCUACAGUAAAAUCAGCCUUGCACCUCCAAGUAUAAAAAGACUCAGCCAGCAGGAGUAAGGACAGAUUGCACUCUUACAAGAGCUACCUCCACUUUAGUGCCUCCUAGGCAGGGGUGAAAUGCUCCAGGUUCCGAGCGGAUCGCCCAAUCCAGUAGCGAUGGCAGCGGAUGGUUCGGAGAAUCAAUAGCAA